AUGGACAGCGGCAAGGAACAAACGUCUUUUAAAGAUGAAGCAGCCCUAACUAGCGGCGAGAUCGUGGGUGUAUGUGAGGGGUAUGAGGGGUACACUGCUGAGGAGGAGAAGGCCGUUUUGCGCAAAAUAGACACGGUCAUUCUACCAUUUAUGUGCUUUGUCUUCUUUCUACAGUACCUGGACAAGCAAAGUCUGAGCUAUGCAGCAGUUUUCGGGCUCAUAGAUGAUCUAAACCUGACCAGCUCACAGUACUCGUGGACGAGUUCCAUCUUCUACAUUGGCCAGCUCGUCUCCGAAUAUCCCUUCAUCUAUCUCAUGAGUCGGUUGCCACUCGCCAAGUUUGUCGGAACCACGAUCAUCAUCUGGGGGGUCAUCUGUAUGUGCCUCGCGACACCGAAGAACUUCACCGGUUUCGCCGCCGUCCGUUUUCUUCUCGGAUUCAGCGAGGGCGCUGUCUCUCCUGCAUUCAUUACCAUCACCAGUAUCUGGUAUCGCAAGAAGGAACACACCGUUCGCACUGCGCUCUGGAUUACCAUGAAUGGCUUGGCUCAAGUUAUAGGCUGCUUGCUCAUGUACGGGAUUGGCAAGAAUGGGUCCUUUUCCCUCGCUCCCUGGCGUAUUUUGUUUAUCAUAUGUGGUGCGCUGACCGUCGCGGCCGGUCUUGGAUUUUUCAUGUUGAUGCCCAACGGACCCAAAGAUGCUUGGUUUCUCAACUCGCGCGAAAAAGAAGAAGCAAUGCUGGAUCCCAAGGCGUGGAUGGUCUUCUGGUUUGGUGUGCUUGUGACGAUGCAGUCGCCAGUGUUGACUUUUGCAUCCCUUGUCAUUGAGUCUAUUGGCUAUAGCAAGCUCGAUACGAUGCUAUAUACUGCCCCUUCGGGGGCUGUGCAGGUGGCCAUGCUUUGGAUUGGCACCGCUCUGGUUUACUUCGUCCCUCACCAACGGACCCUGGUUGUUUUGGUCCUUAUAAUUCCACCGCUUAUCGGUUGCGUAUUCUUAAUGAAGCUUGACGUGGGCGCCCAAUGGGGCCUCAUCGUGGCUUCCUGGAUGUCUUCCUGUAUCACCGCGCCCUGGUCAAUUCUUCUCUCCCUCUCGGCUUCCAAUGUCAAGGGCAAUACGAAGCGUGCUAUUGUCAACACGAUGUUCUUCAUCGGGUACUGCGCCGGUUGCAUUGGCGGGCCCCAGCUUUGGACCCACAAGCCACGCUACACUGAGGGUGUCAUUACUGGUAUCGUGACUUGGUGCUUGCUGUUUGUCGCCGUCAUUGUCUAUCGCUUUCUCUGCGCCCUGGAUAACAAGAACCGGGACGCAGGUGUAAUUUCUGGUGGUGACAUGGGUCGGCAGAUCGAGCUGGACCAAAAUUGGUUGCCCAAAAACGAUUUGACCGACAAGGAAGACAGGCAAUUUCGGUAUGUAUGGUAG